AUGGAGGAGGAGACAGAGAGGGGUCAGAGGCAAAGGGGCUGCGGGAGUUAUUUUGUGGGCGCUGCCUCCAGCAGUCUCUCCACCCUGGCAACCUUCCCCAUUUACAAGACCAUCUUCCGCCAGCAACUGCAUGCUUUCUGCAUCACUGAAGCGGUGCGCCAGCUGUGCCACGAAGGUUUCUGCCAAAUCUAUCGUGGUGUCUUUCCACCACUCAUGGCCAAGACGCUGCAAGGAACAUUGAUGUUUGGCACCUACAACAGCUUCUAUGGCUUCCUCUCGAAUCAGCCACAGGGGUCCUUUUCCCGCAGAGCCACAGCUGGGCUGUUUUCUGGCUUCUUGGAAGCCUUGGUUUUCUGUCCCUUCGAGAGGGUUCAGAAUGUACUCCAGGAUGGGAGGAAGGUCCAGAGAUUCCCCACCACCUGUCACAUCCUGACCACCUUCCGUUCCUACCCCCUCGGGGAGAGCUUUAGCCUGGGCUUCUACCGAGGCCUCGGACUCAUCCUGAUCCGCAAUGGGCUGGGGAGCUCCCUCUAUUUUGCCUUGGAGGAGCCUCUCCGUAGCAGCUUCUCCACACAGAGCUUGCCUGUUGGAAUCCCAGCCUUUCUGUCGGGCAGUAUUAGUGGCACUGUGGUGUGCCUGCUGCUCUACCCCCUUGGCAUUCUCAUUGCCAAUAUGCAGUCCCAAGUGGGAAGGCAGGAAACCCUCAGCCUCUUGGCCACGAUGGCUGAGGUCUGGCAGGCCCGGGGAAGGAAAGCUUGGCUGCUGUACAGGGGCGGCUCUCUCCUCAUUCUCCGCUCAAGCCUUACCUGGGGACUCACAACUGCCAUCUACCAGUUCUUGUCCAAGGCCACAAGCUAAGGACUGAUUCUGAAGGGGGGCUAGGGCUUUCAGUGUCUGUAGAGCAAUCUGCAAACAUGGUGUAAAUGGAGACAAUGACAACAAGAAGGAAAGGAGAAUUGCCCCACACACCUGCAGGGGAACUGAACAUUAUCUGGCUGGAGAGAGAGAAGUACAGAGCAAACUCAGAGUUGGGGGAUGUGGUUCACUUGGACACUUUGUAGAGAUCUGAAGUUUGCAAGCACAUCUGGACUAACUUGAUUCCAUUGGAGCGCCAGAAAGCUCCGCUUUGCCCUCAACUGGAUUACACAGUGGGCCAGCAGAAAACAUCUUUUACUUUCCUGCAGGGCCUGGGGAAGGGGGAGGAGAAAUCAUGAUUUCUGGCCUUGCAUGUUGGACCCUUAAGUUACAAGCCAGACAUCCCAGCAGAAUUAAGCCCCAAUAAAUACACUGGGGUGCAUUAUUUGUAACCUAAUGCUGAUUUGUGAAUUAAGCUUGGGC